AUGUACAAGACUGAAGAUACCGACAUAAAGAAAUUUAUGGUGGGUAGAUUCUUGGACUUCAAGAUGGUGGAUUCAAAAUAUGUGAUUACCCAGGUCAAAGAUUUCCAGUUGAUUCUGCAUGAAAUUCAAAUAGAAAGGAUGACACUCAGUGAGGAGGACAAUCGUGGAUCGGAGAAGAGGAUAAAUAUCGAUUCAAUAGAAGCCAAGGCUAAUAUGGUUAAACUAAACAAGUCCAACAAGAGGAAGAAAUCUGGAGCAAGUCCUUCCAAAAAUACUAAAGAUGGGAAUGCUGCUAUUGGGAAAAAGAAGUUUGAUGGAACUUGCUUCAUAUACAAUAAGCCUGGACAUAGAGCCAAAGAUUGCCAUCUUGAGGUCAAUCUGGCAGAAAAACCAAAGCAGUGGUGGAUUGAUACUGGAGCCACCUGUCAUAUCUACUUUGAUAGGAAGAGUUUCACCGAUUAUGUGGAAUCUGAAGAAGGAGAAAAGCUUUUCAUGGGGAACUCAUUAGUUUGCAAGGUCCGAGGCCACAGAAAAGUGAUUUUGAAAAUGACAUCAGGGAAGAAGCUGACUUUGCCCAAUGUGGUCCAUGCUGUUGGGAUUCGUAAGACCCUGGUCAUUGGAAGUAUGCUUACCAAGAAUGGAUUCAAGUUGGUCUUUGAAUCUCCAACUUGA